AUGGCAUCGCACAGUCCUCAGAAUCGGGUGCUGAACUUUUACCGAAACUCCACCAUCCUGCUCACCGGUGGAACCGGAUUCCUCGGGAAGGUUCUGCUCGAGAAGAUCCUCCGCUGCCUGGACGUACGGAAGGUGUUUCUGCUCAUCCGCACGAAAGAUAAUCUGAAACCAGCGGAACGACUCGACCGACUACUGCAGGAUGCGAUUUUUGACAGAUUGAGGGACCCAAACUCGGACCACUCGCCACGGUUACGGGAGCGCCUGGAAGCGGUCGAGUUCUGUCUCGGCGGCGAUAGCGAGGGCCUCGGAAUAGAACAGGACACCGAGGAGCGGUUACUGCGUGAGACGGACAUCGUGUUCAAUGUGUUGGCUUCGGUAAAGUUCAACGAAAGUAUCCGGAAUGCCAUCGCGACCAAUGUCGGUGGUACGCGGAAGGUAUUACUGCUGGCCAAGCGAAUGGUCCGGUUAAAGUCCGUGGUGCACGUAUCGACCCUGUACUCGAACUGUGAUCGAGCGACGAUUGAGGAGCGUGUGUACCGGGAUGUCCCGUUCGGUCCCAGUGCCGUACUGGAGCUGUCCAGGGUACUGUCCGAGGGUGAGAUGAGCUGUCUGCAGCACUGUCUGGUCGGACGGCUCCCAAACACCUACACCUUCAGCAAGCGCUGUGCCGAGGCGCUUAUCGCGGAAGAGUUCUCCGAACUGCCCGUCGGAAUCUUCCGGCCACCGAUUGUGCUAUCGACGUACCGGGAACCGUUGGCCGGUUGGACGGACAAUCUGAAUGGACCGUCCGGGUUGUGUUUGUGGACGGUGAAGGGAGUCAUUCGCGUGAUCCACGGUGAUGCAGCGAAGCGGGCUAACCUCGUACCGGUCGACUGCUGCGUGAAUGCGAUGUUGGUGGCCGGUUAUGACGUGGCGGAACGAGCCUCGGGCGAGUCGAUGGACGAGUCCUGCGAACCGGUGCACCUGGCGGUCCCGGUUGUGUUCAAUUAUGUGUACGCCGAACCGAACCUUACCUGGGGUCGUUACAUGGACGCUGUGUCGCUCGGUUUUGACGGAUUGCUACACCGGUUAUGGUGGCCCCACUCGUACGGAAUCGUGGCGAACAGGACGCUGUAUCGGUUGGCCGCUUUAUGCUGCCACACGCUGCCAGCCCAUUUACUCGACCUUGUGCGCCGUGUCUGCGGUCGCCGGCCAGUCUUCGCCAAGAUGAUGUCCAAGACGGGCCGGUUCCUGGAAAUGAUGUCCUACUUCGGACUCCGCGAGUGGCACACUGCCAAUGACAAUGUGGUGCGCCUCCGGUCACUGCUCAGCCCGGACGAGGCGUCGGUCCUCGAGUUCGAUCUAGCAACGGUCGACUGGGACGAGUACUUUCGGCACUACAUUCCCGGUCUGCAGCGGUACGUGGUCGGGGGGAAGGCCGGUGACAAAUCGAAAACCAUGCCACGCUGGAGCAAAGGAUCCUGGAAUCGAAGGAUACACUUCUGGUGCCGGUUGCUAUACAAGGCCUGCUGGAUUUACGUUUGCUUGCGGUUCGCCACACGCCUCUGCCGAACUUAUCUGCUUCGCCAUUUGUUUUCAAUAUUGAUUUGCUAG